AUGAAGAUUACUGCCAUUGUGCAUGAAGGUCAUGGUGCUAAGAAUUUCAGUUCAGUUAUCAGGGUUACGACCCCAUUGACUGCUGCUGUCAACCCUCCCGAUGCUGAUCAAAAAGGACCUGUAUUUCUUAAAGAACCAACCAAUCGUAUAGAUUUUUCGAACUCAACAGGUGCUGAAAUUGAAUGUAAAGCUAGCGGGAAUCCAAUGCCUGAGAUUAUUUGGAUACGUAGUGAUGGCACUGCAGUAGGUGAUGUACCAGGUUUGCGUCAAAUUUCAUCAGAUGGUAAACUAGUAUUUCCACCUUUCCGUGCUGAAGACUACCGACAAGAAGUGCAUGCUCAAGUAUAUGCCUGUUUGGCACGUAAUCAAUUUGGAUCAAUUAUAUCGCGUGAUGUACAUGUACGAGCUGUUGUCGCCCAAUACUAUGAAGCUGAUGUAAACAAGGAGCAUGUGAUACGUGGUAAUUCGGCGGUUGUAAAAUGCUUGAUACCCUCGUUUGUAGCAGAUUUUGUUGAAGUUGUAUCCUGGCAUACGGACGGCGAUGAAAGUUAUUUUGCUGGCAAUGAAUAUGGUGCGACAUAUAAAUUGAGAAAGGAUAUUUAG